GUGUUGAUGGAAUUUUUCCUUUCACAUUAAAUUGAGUAAGAAGUUUAUUAUUUUGUAUUCUCAAUUGCUUACAAAACAAACAAAUUAAUUUAAAAAAAAAAAAAAAAACUAAAAAAGUCGCUAAUCGCUGUGUUGAUGUUAUGAUGGCGGUAAAAAACGAAUUGAAAUAUUAUAUGAACUUAUCGGAUGGAGAUAUUUUGAAUGCUUUUGUUCAGUUGCACGAUUUGAAGACUGAAAUAAUAGUUAACUCUUCUACUGAUACAAAAUCAUCAUCCAAUUUCUGUAGUAACUCGCUUUCUAACAGCUCAAAUAGCACUGAUUCAGCUAUUAGUGUUUCACCUACUAAUAAAUUAUUUCAAAGUAAUGAAGCAUCUAAAUUUUAUGAAAAAGCUUCAUUUAAUAAAAGCUAUGAUUCUACUAGCACGGAAGCAUUUGAGAACUUGAAUAUAAUCAGUUCGAUGUUUGAUAUCUUCGAAGAUUUCAAGGAAUGUUGGCGGGCACAAGGCCAUUCGUUAAAUCAUAAAGUUUAUGAAGAUGCUGAAAACAUUAUUUCAGUUACCAUACAAAGUGAAAGAUUGCAGAAAAUAAAUGUAGUCAUUGACCAUUUGAAAGAAGUCUCUGAGAAAUUUCGUAAAUUAAAGCAAUUGUUAAGAUCUUGCGAUCAAACUGAUAGCUUGAAAUCUCAUGUUCAGUAUCAUAGGCAUAUAUUAAAUUUUUUUGGCUUUGCUAAUAACAUUAUGAAAGAUGUAGCGAAGGAUUUAGUUGCUUUAGAAGACUCUUGCCCUGCAAGUCAUAGAGAUUUGGCAUAUUCUGAGUUUUCUAAAAAAGUCUUUUUGUUGACGUCAGAAAUCCAUAAAAGCAUGGACAGGCUGAAGGAGUUUGAAGGUUAUGUACGAUCUCCAGAAAUAAAUAACAUAGCUGAUUGUUUCUAAAUUGCUAGCAAUUUAUAUUAUAACAAUUAAUGAUUGUAAAUAUAUUUCAAAUCAAUAAAUUAUAUUUUGUAAAGUU